AAAAAUUUAAAGCCUUCAUGGAUCUACUCCUUGAGUUAUCCGUGGAGAAGGGAGUGUUGAAUGACAGAGAGAUACGAGAGCAUGUGGACACGAUGAUUGUGGGCGGCCACGACACGUCGGCUAACGUGUUAAUGUUCACGCUUCUGCUGCUGGGGUCUCAUCCUGAGGCGCAGGAGAAGGUCUACCAGGAAUUAAAAGACGUGUUCGGCGACUCAGACCGUGACGUGGAGAAGCACGACCUCUCCCAACUGGUGUACCUGGAGGCAGUCCUGAAGGAGAGCAUGAGGAUGUACACGAUCGUGCCGGUGCUGGCCAGGCGGCUGGACAGAAACGUGCAACUGAAAAACUACACGCUAGCAGCUGGUCGGACCUGCUUCUUAUUUCUGUUCGGUAUCCACAAGCACCCCAUGUGGGGGGCAGACGUGGACCAAUUCAACCCCGACCGGUGGAUGGAUCAGGCCAGUCUGCCAGACAACUCUAACGCGUUUGCAGCCUUUAGCUUGGGAAGGAGGAUGUGUAUAGGCAAAACCUACGCCUACAUGUCGAUGAAGACAACCCUCUCACAUGUGCUCCGUAAAUACCGCUUCAAGGGUGACCACACACAACUAGAACUCAAAUUGGACGUGAUGCUGAAGCCAGCGUCAGGUUACUACGUCAGCAUUGAGAAACGGCAUUAGAGCUAGUCUGUUUUAUUACUUUUAUGUCCAUUUAUG